AUGCCUCCAAAGAAAAGAACAAAAAAGACCACAAAGAAGAAUCCAGAAAAAAGUAACUUUUCUUAUAAGAUGUUUCUGACAGAUUUGACACUUGUUUAUCUAUUGGUUCAUGCAUUUUCCUACUACUACUAUCCUCUUUUUGUAGGUGAAAAUGAGUUGGAAGCAAAGUAUAGGCACAGUAUUCUGGAUGUUGCCAUUCUGCAGGAUCACAUUGCCUUACAGAGAGAGUCAGUAAUAAAGACCCAGUCUGACAGGAUUGACCUGAGGAGACGCAUGAGAGACGCGGAGCAGAAGCUGCAGCACGAGAGACAAGACCACAGGGACGUCAACUGUGACCUCAGUCGCCAGUACAAAACCAUGCAGGCGGAGCUAACCAGCAAGGUAGAGAGGCUGGAGAAGGAGGUCAGCAAGCUAAAGGAAGAACUUGCCUUGUGUCAGGAGGAACUGAGGAAAGAGAGAAGACAGCAUGAGCAAUUGGAAAAGGAGAAGGAUUCCACUGUAGCUGUUCUCCAACACAAAUUGGACAACAUGGACGCAGACUAUGAGAAGAUCCUGCAUGAUACUCUUGACAGCCUGACCUCGCAGCUGUCUGUGGCUCGACAGGGAUGGGAGGACAAGAGCACAACCCUUCAUCAAAAUUACAAGGAACUGCUCUCUGAAUUUGGCCUGAAUGCGCUGGACAUCUAAACGACG